UAUUUUUAUUUUUAAUUUCUGCCCCUCCCUCAUCAUUUCCCCCUCUCUCGGUGGGUACAUUCCCACAUGGUGCUCUCAAAUGACUAGACAGAAUAUGGAGAGUAAUCAAAAUCCGCAGGAGGAUGCCUGGCAGGCCGCGGGCCGGACGUGCCGAAAGAACCUGGAGGAAGCGGGUUGCCAAAUCAGGACCGACUGCUACCACCCAACCCGGACUACCAAAACUACUCGCCACGCUGACCGAGCCUGGCCAGUCAUUUUGCAUGCCGGUCUGGGACGGUGCUGCCGGAUGGAUCCAUCGUCCCCAACAUCAUUCCUUUAUCACUCAUCGCCUGACCUUUGGCGCGAGCAGUGGACGAAUCCCCAGAGAAAUAGUGGCCGGGGAGGGCACUACGGCUUCCCCACUCCGGGGGGGUCGAGACACUCUUUUCCCACUCCCGGACUCGUUCUGGGCCGAUGGCGGCACAGCCAGGAAUGCCCGCUUCGGGAAGUCUGCCACGGCACGCGAGGGUUACUGCGCUGCGCAUUUGCGCAGAUGUCGAGGCGACCUUAAUCAGACUUCAUCUCAGAGUCAAUAGGAGACCUCCGAGGGCAAACUCCAGCGGUCUAGGCUGUCAAUAAUGCUCGCGCGAAGGUGGUGGACGACGCAAGGAGGUCGAGAUUCCAGGUGGCCCUGGCGGUGCACGGCUGCAUGGUUUCCCGAUGGGAUGGACCGGACCACGAAAGUAGUAUCUGGGAGUUUGAUAUCGAUGAUAGAGGCUUAGCGGCGCUGAUAAUUCCUACUUCCUG